AUGUCAGUGGGCAUUUACGGAGGGUUCGGCGAGUCUAAGCUGCACGUAUACGGCACGACGCGUAUUCUCAACAUCAUCUACUUGGACGGCCAGUCGGCGACCCUGACCCCAGGCGGCACGCUUGAUUCACAAAUGGCCGUUCUUCAAGGCGAAGUCCCGCUGUACCCGUCAUAUGACCUCGUGUAUGAUGACGACCAGAGGGCUCUGGACCUGUGCGACUUGGUCGCUGACCUCGGCAUCGAUGGCGUUGUGAGGAUGAACGCGGGCUUCGAGGUCCUAAUCUGUGACUACUCCGCUGCUCAAGUUAAGGAGCUCUUCGUCACCAACAUCACCGUGCCCGGCAACCGGGAAGAAAACCCCCCCUUGCUUCCGCAGGAUCCCAACCGACAGCCCCCUCUUGGGUUUGGAAAUGUCUUCUCCGAGCAAGGCUCGUAUGAGUGGCUUCGGAGCGCCACAUGGCACUACGGCCAACACGGUCAGGGCGGCCCGCCGGAAUCGAGAGUCAAGCUAGACGUCUGCCGGAUGGUGUCGUUCUACGACCCGGCGUUGACUAGCCUCGCUAGCUCCCACCAUGGCGGCAUCGUCGGAAAUCAAUCGUUCCAGAACGGGUGGGGCCUCCGACGAGGACAUCGACUACAUGACAUCAACAAGACCGACGUCGAAACGGUUCGGACAUGGCUGCGAGAAAUUACAUCGUCGACCUCGGAAGAUGUUGGUUGCUCUGGAUUCAACUGGCAGGCCCUGUUUACGGUUAUCCAGGCCCAGCAUGGUACACGGGCCAAGGAGAUGAAGUCAGCCUUAGAAUGGAAGCAUAACACCAAGAAUGAGGCCGAGGCCAUUAUAACAAAGGUCCAUGAACUGUCGCAUGCAAUCCUUGCCCCUUACCUGGAGUACCAAGUUUCCAACCCCGAUAGCUCGGUCACAUCAAAGGAGCAAACCAUUUCUCGGUGCGCGUCCGUUUACACGACUCUACUCAAUCCAGCAAAGCUUGCGCGUGCCGAGGUCCUAUUCUACCACUCGACAAACUUUGUCAUGGAGAAGCUCUGCACUUGGGAAUGGGAUAUGUUUGAGUGGAGUGAGAAACAUACAACCAACUAUUUUGGACACCAAGGGGAACCUUCAGACUUACCUUCCAUCUCUAAAGAGAUCAAAGAGAAGAGUAAGCUCGCAGCUGACGUUUUGGAAUGGAUUGGGUGGGACACGUGGUCUCAGUGUGACCGCCAAUGCGCGUCGAACGAACUUUGCACGAUACCGACAUGGCCUGUAGUGUAUGCACCUGGGUUACCGCAGGGCGGUAUCUACGCCGGCAGCAAUCCCAGGCUCGUCGAGAAUGAAAUGAUGGAGUUCUGGAGGCCAAAGUGCAUCAACCGGACGGACUUUGACCGCGGCGGUGGACGCGGACGUGACCCCAUUCAUCAGUUUCCUGAUGUCCCGCCUUACUAA